UUCCUCGCCGUCUCGAUCAUCCUUUAAUUUCCUAUUCCGAAUUUCAAUCACGACAUCAAGAUGAUUCUAAAAAUCGGAAUUCCUCUGAAACCAAUGGUUAUCUGAGCUCAAAUCAAGCAAAUUUGGAUUGCAGAAUGGACGAAGAAAAGAAAAUACUGCGCGCCUGCAAUGGAUAAUGACGGAUAUGAAAAUAGCGUGGGAGUUGAGGCAGUAAAAGGCGUCGGACUCGUAAUCCUUCCGCAAGGCGGCCAUGUAUGACAAAGAAGGGAGAGGGCCUUUGAUAUAUACUAUGCCAACUGAAACCCUUGCUUUAGCACAAAGGAAUUCAACAAGAAGAUGAUCCAUCACCUUCCAACAAAUCUUUAAAUAAAAAUAGAUUCUUAAUGCUCUCUGUCUUUUUCACUGUUCGGUCGCAUUCCAACCUUUGCACCUACCGUGCCAAAUCUCGCCCGAUUCCCUCUAUGCGAUAACUCCAUUGUCCAAUUGUUUUCUUCUUUCAAUAUUUACUAUUUUCUGUUGCUCUUGCUUAUCUUAUAUUUGAGGUAUCCAUUCAUUACGCUACACGCUUGUGUUGUGGAGCUCUUAACAAGGAAUACGGAUUUAUUGCCUUGAUUAGUAAGGGUUUUGCGCACGGUUGCCUCGUGAAGGAAUAAAGCUUCAUUUAUUGUUUCUGUGAUGGAGACCAAAAUUGGAGAGGUCAGAAAGGUUCAUGUUGUGUAUUUUUUGAGCAGAGGUGGACAAGUUGAGCAUCCGCAUAUGAUAAAGGUUCAUCCUGCUGUUCGGAAUGGCGUGCGCCUGAAAGAUGUUAAGCGAUGGUUGUCGAAUUUGAGGGGAAAAGACAUGCCGAAUUCAUUCGCUUGGUCGUAUAAGCGGAGGUACAAAGGUGGCUAUGUAUGGCAAGACUUGUGCGACAACGAUCUCAUCACGCCUAUCUGUGAUAGUGAAUACAUUCUUAAAGGCUGCGAGAUCUUGCCGAGUAAUCAAGAUGCUUGUAAAUGUGGCGCAAAAUCGGCGACACAGAAUGUGCUGGUGGAGGAGGUCCAUAGCAAGAGCAAUUUCUCAGAAGCCUCACAACCGAUGUUAAAAAUCGAGCUACCUGAAUGCCAAACAAAUUACACCGAGGAUUUACAGAAUUACUCGGAAGUGGAGUCGUACAAAGGAAGGCAGCGUCUGAACAACGGCAAUAAUGUUCGUCAUAAUUCUGACGAAUCUGAAGACAACCGGUCGGCAGCUGAAAUUUUGACCAAAACAAGUGGCAACAGCCCUUCCGAAUCGGUCAAAAUUUCCAGAGAAGCCGUCAAAACAUACAUAGCCGUCAGAUCGGCGUCGACGGACAUGAAAUUUGACGCUGCAACACAGACGGGCGAAAGUCGAAUGCUCGAUAACGACAAAGAAGAAUCUCCUCCAUUGUCAAUAACAGACAAUUCUUUUGAAAAAAGUACAUCAUUCGAAACUUCCGAGGAGUUCAGCCACACUUCGACGUAUUCAAAGCUUUCCUGUAUGAACAAUGAUGUCGUGAAGUCUCAGAAUAUCAAGGCUCCGUCUAAAGUUCCCCGUCAUGGAAAAGCCAAGGCCGGAGGUGCUUCGAACGUUCUUCGUCAGCUCUUCACUUGCGGAGGCCUUGAUACCAGGGACUCGAGAAUUCUCGCGGUCAAAGCCAUAACGUUCAACCGUCUGCCAAAUGAAGAUAACCGAUCAGCGGGGGCCGUCAAUAAUCCCCCGUCAAGCACGGCGCGUACAAAGUCUGAGUCUCGGCCAGGUUUGACAGCAAAUUCAGAAGUAAAACUCAACAAAUCUGAUUAUUCUAAACGAGAUGCACAGAACUCUCCAAAAUUUUCUUCAGCGCAUUCCUCUUCGCCGAGCUCCGGAGAAUUUGCAGCGGGGAAGGUCGCCGAUAUUCCGUCAGCAGACAUAAAUUCCCACUGCCAAAACAUAAAAGCAGAGGAAGUAAAUGCGUACGGUGAUAGUACCAAUGUUUCCGAUUCAUUAAAUAAAUCGUUAUCGUCCAAAGCAUCUCAGAGCCCCGCUAUUCACUCGGACGAAUUAAAUACCAACCUUCUCGGGCAGAAAACUGACAGGAAAAGCAGGCAAAAGGGCACCGGGGAGAGCAACUGCUUGCAAUGCGGGAGAACAGUCAAGGCGGAGUAUCUGAAAGCUCAUUCCAAAUACUGUCGUGGACCCAAAAACGCUUUCAAACCCAGACGAGGCAUCGUUGCAAAAUGAGUGAGCUUGAAAUUUUCCGUCGAAGAAUUUCUGUUAGUAUUGGACGCUUUGUGAUUUCCUGGAUUGGACGGCAUGCUGUCGUUGGCUAUGGCUCUUGUAAUUAGCUGUUUGGUCUCUUAUUUUUAAAAAACAAAUUGGAAUGCACUUGCUCUAUUUCUUAAUACCAAAUCUUCUCUGGGCCCGUAA